AUGAACGGCACCGCCAACGGCCACGCGGCCAAGGCGCACCUGCCGCUCUCAUACGUCGUCAGCCGCUGCGCCGAGACCCCCGACGGCCUAGCCUUCACAGACGCCCAGCCAUGCCAUCUGCAGCUUCACGGCACCGCCACCGGCCUGCAAAUCGCCGCCACGGCACACGCCGCGGACCCUGAGGCCCCCGACGGCGACGGCGCGGGCCCCGCAGUCGUCUUCCGGUGCGAGGCCAAGCAGCUCAUGCGCGCCGGCCCCACCACGGCGCUCCUGUGCGUCCCCGGGGGGGAGCUGUUCGCCCUGCGCGGCGACGACGCGGCGAGCAUGGACGUCCUGGUCGCUCGGGCGGAGCAGGCGACGAAGGACGCAGCGGGGGCGUCGCCGUUCGAGGCGCGCACGGAGGGCAGUUCUGCGGAGAUGUAUUUCCACUAUUAUGGAAUGCUGAUGCACCAGCAAAACAUGUUGCAAGACUACACACGCACGGGAACGUACUACAGCGCAGUGCUGCAGAACGCGCUGGACUUCUUCGGCUCGGCCGUCAUGGACGUCGGCGCCGGCAGCGGCAUCCUCUCCCUCUUCGCCGCCCAGGCAGGCGCGCGAAAGGUGUACGCCGUGGAGGCCUCCGACAUGGCGUUGUACGCCGAGCGGCUGGCGCGCGCGAACCCGGCGAUCGGCAGCCGCGUCGAGGUCCUGCACUGCAUGGUCGAGGACGCGCGCGUGCCCGAGAAGGUCGACGUGCUCAUUUCAGAGCCCAUGGGAACCCUGUUGCUGAACGAACGAAUGCUGGAGUCUUACAUCGCUGCGCGGGACAAGUUCCUGAAGCCGGGGGGCAGGAUGUUUCCGACUUUUGGGCGCAUCCACGUGGCGCUGUUCCGCGACGAGGUGCUGCACGCGGAGGUGGCGGCAAAGUCGGCCUUCUGGGCCAACGGGUCGUUUUACGGGGUGGACAUCAGUGCGCUGCUGGGGGACGCGACGGAGGCGUACUUCGCGCAGGUAGUCGUGGACGCGUUCUCGCCCGCGGUGCUGUGCUCGGCGACUGCGACGCGCACGAUCGACUUCCGCACCGUCACCGAGGACGAGCUGCACGACGUACACAUCCCACUAGAGGUUACUGCCACGUCCACAGGGCAGUGCCACGGUCUGGCCUGCUGGUUCGACGUGGCGUUUGACGGGACCUCGCAGCAGGUGUGGCUGUCAACGGCGCCCGGGCUGCCAACGACGCACUGGUUCCAGCUGCGAUGCGUACUGCAGCGGCCAAUCGAGGUGCAGGCCGGCACCGUCGUGUUCGGGUCCCUGCGCCUCGUCGCGCACCGCAGGCAGUCAUACGAUAUCCAUGUCAGACUCGUGGGGUGCGACGGGGGGGUGUCCGAGGGGAAGCUGGACCUGAAGGAGCCGUACUACCGGCAGAUGACGCCGCAGGGGUGGGUGGGGGCCGCGGGCGGCGCGGCGGGCGGCCCUGCGGCGGGUGACGGCGGCUGGGGGGAGUUCGCGAACGAAGGGGGGGAGUGA